UCAACCUGGUAACCUGAUGGAAUCGAACCCAGGGCAGCUGCCUUCUAAAAAUACGAGGUGGUCGACUUGAUUAAGGCAGAAUCAUUUCACGUUCGGACACGCAUAUUCCAUAAUUCAAUUCCUCUCCGACGUUUCCCGGCGAAAGCUUCAGAUCUCAGUAUGGAAUCUCGGAACAAAUUGCAUUCCCGUUUACGUCUAUGGGAGUUUCCCGAUCAGUACGUCAUCGAGCCAGCUGAUGGCUCAGGCGCUCCGUGUUUGGAUAUCAGCCGCGUCGACGCUUCCAUGAAGCUCAUCGAUCAAGUCUCGGAGUGCAAAUCCUUGCGUGUUCCUAAAAUCCAUUCCAUAUCUGGUGUGGUUGGGAUGCUGAAGCUUCUUGCAGGAUCCUACUUGGUGGUUGUGACGGAGACUGAGCGUGUUGGGUCGUUUCUGGGCCAUCCUAUUUUCAAAAUUACAUCGUUAAAAGUUCUUCCUUGUGACCAUUCACUUAAGAACUCGCCUGAAGAACAGAAAAAGAUGGAGACUGAGUUCUCCAAGCUGCUUAGCGUCGCAGAAAAGACAACUGGUCUCUAUUUUUCAUAUGAAGUUAACUUGACACUGAGCUCACAACGCUUGCAUGAUUUGGGUGCUGAGUCUAAGUCGCUUCCUCUGUGGAGACAGGCUGAGCCGAGGUUUCUUUGGAACAAUUACAUGUUGGAAGUUCUUAUCGAUAACAAGGUGAGUGUAUUUUGGAAGUUCUUUAAUCUUAUUUUUACAGCUCCUUGUUUUCGUACUUGCAGGAUAGCUUAUCUUUUUUUUUUCUUACGUUUGCAGCUUGACCAGUUCUUGCUUCCAGUAAUUCAAGGGAGUUUUAAUAGUUUUGAAACAGCUAUUGGAAAAGAUAUUGUUGACAUAACUCUAAUUGCAAGAAGAUGCACUCGGAGAAACGGUACGCGUAUGUGGCGAAGAGGAGCUGAUCCUGAUGGCUACGUUGCUAAUUUUGUGGAGACUGAGCAAAUUGUUCAGAUGAAUGGAUAUUCGUCAUCAUUUGUUCAGGUCAGAGGAUCCAUGCCUUUUAUGUGGGAGCAAAUUGUAGAUCUGACUUACAAGCCCAAGUUUGAGAUUGUCCAACCUGAAGAAGCCACGCGUAUAGCUGAGCGUCACUUUUUGGACCUAAGGAAAAAAUAUGGAUCAGUUUUGGCAGUUGAUCUUGUUAAUAAGCAUGGCGGUGAGGGACGCUUAAGUGAGAAGUUUGCUAGUGUUAUGCAGCACAUUACUGGGGAUGAAAUUAGAUACCUGCACUUUGAUUUCCACCGCAUCUGUGGGCAUAUUCAUUUUGAGCGCUUAUCAAUUCUGUACGAGCAGAUUGAGGGUUUUCUUGAACAAAAUGGGUACUUUCUGGUAAAUGAAAAGGGUGAUAAAAUGAAGGAACAGCUGGGUGUUGUCCGAACAAACUGCAUAGAUUGCUUAGACCGUACAAAUGUCACCCAGAGCAUGAUUGGUCGAAAGAUGUUAGAACUUCAACUCAAAAGGAUCGGUGUUUUUGGCGCUGAAGAAACCAUAAGCUCGCAUCUGAACUUUGACGAACGCUAUAAAAUAUUAUGGGCUAAUCACGGUGAUGACGUUAGCAUUCAAUACUCUGGUACUCCUGCACUUAAAGGAGAUUUCGUCAGGUAUGGGCAUCGGACUACCCAAGGUGUCCUUAAAGAUGGUUGGAGCUCCCUCGUACGCUAUUACCUGAAUAACUUUGCUGAUGGAACUAAACAGGAUGCGAUUGAUCUCCUGCAAGGGCACUACAUAGUUGCUAUGAGCCGAGACAUGGCCCCUGUGCCUCAAAAGGGAGGCCUCGAGGCUGUAGCCAAUUUCCCUGUGGCAUUGGCGGUGGUUCUGAUCAGUUUCUGGUUUGCAACAAUGUCUCUGAAACAAGCUGGGAGUGAUUAUAAGCAUAAGCACUUGUUCUUCUCGCUUCUGUGGACGGGCAUAUGUGUGGGCGUCGCAGCACUGGUUAGGGCCAAUGGGCGGAUCUUCUGCAACCGACCUCGUCUCCACAAGCCCAGAGGCUGAUUCAUCUUCUUCUCCAUUCGGGGGUGGCCAUUGUGAUCACUAACUACAACACGGGGCUCAAGUCAGAGCCAAAAGUUUUUUAAGUUUGUUAUUUUUUUUUGUAUCAAUGUUGGACCUUGUGACUCCAUCUAGAGUCAAUUGUCUCAGGUGGUGACACCGUACUAUUUAAGACUCCCAUAGCCACCAUUGACUCGGUAUAAUUACAAUUACACACACAUCUUUUUUUUA